GGCCCGGGCGGGGCGGGGAGGGCUGGGAGAGGCCGGCGGGCCGGGAGCCAUGGCGCCGUCCGGGCCGCUGCUGCUGCUGCUGCUGCUGCUGGCGGGCGCGCGGGCCGGGCCCUACUUCCGAGCGGGUCACAGCUGCCGCCUGCCCCUGCGGGGGGACCAGCUGUCCAAGCUGGGGCGCAGGACGUACCCCCGGCCUCACGAGUAUCUGUCCCCGAGGGACCUGCCCAAGAGCUGGGACUGGCGGAACGUGAACGGCGUCAACUAUGCCAGUGUCACCAGGAACCAGCACAUCCCCCAGUACUGCGGCUCCUGCUGGGCCCACGGCAGCACCAGCGCCAUGGCGGACCGGAUCAACAUCAAGAGGAAGGGGGCCUGGCCCUCCACCCUGCUGUCCGUGCAGCAUGUCAUCGACUGCGGUGACGCGGGCUCCUGCGAGGGGGGCAACGACCUGCCGGUGUGGGGGUACGCCCACGAGCACGGCAUCCCCGACGAGACCUGCAACAACUACCAGGCUAAGGACCAAGAGUGCGACAAGUUUAACCAGUGUGGAACCUGUACUGAAUUCAAAGAGUGCCAUGCCAUCCAGAACUACACCCUCUGGAAAGUCGGCGACUAUGGCUCCCUCUCCGGGCGGGAGAAGAUGAUGGCAGAAAUCUACGCCAACGGCCCCAUCAGCUGCGGUAUCAUGGCGACGGAGAAGAUGGUCAACUACACGGGAGGCAUCUAUGCGGAGUACCACGACAAGGCCUACAUAAACCACGUCAUUUCUGUGGCCGGCUGGGGUGUCAGCGACGGCACGGAGUACUGGAUCGUCCGCAACUCCUGGGGAGAACCGUGGGGUGAGCGAGGCUGGAUGCGGAUAGUGACCAGCACCUACAAAGACGGGAAGGGUGCCGACUACAACCUCGCUAUCGAGGAGAACUGCACGUUCGGGGACCCCAUCGUCUAAGACCCAGGCCUCCGGAAGAGCGGGGGUUUAAGAGAUGGUAUCGUGAGUCCUCGUCAGGGGGGAUCCUGUCGCCGAGGGCGCUGGGCCGGGAGUGCUGCCGUCUGCAGGAACUCAGGGCUGACCCGAGCGGACGGCUGCCCGGCUGGCGGGGAAGCCAUCCUUCAAGGGUCGGAAAUGGGAGGGCGGAGACCCCGGGGCCGGCAGCACGGUGUGCCUGGCCAGAGCGUGGUCUCCGUUCUCCUCAGUACGUGAUUUGGUGUUUUCUAUUUGGCAACGGUGGCCUAUAAUGUGGUAAACGAGGUCAGACUGAUCACCAGUUGUUCUGUCACCUGGGAAUCAGGGGUGGGGGUGGAGAAGGCCAUCUCAGAUCACCCGAGUGGUAAUGAAUAAAAUACACGACUCCCCGCGGGA